AUGCUCCGAAAAGGGCAACGACUCAACACUUGUGGAUCACUCAGGUGUAUCUGGUCUCCAGUCACACCGGCCGAUGCCUGUGAUGCCCCAGAAGAGAGGAAGGACCAGCUCAACUUACAAGUCUCCAUGGCCUGUCAGUCUGCCAGUUACUGGUAUGCAAACAACUUAGUGAAAAUGGUGAGAGAUGGCGAAAACAAGGAAGAAGAGUUCAAGAACCACCUUGACACUUUAACUGAGAAACACCACUACGACUGGCACGAGGUGAAGUCUUUCUAUCACAACGUAAAGAACCACUCAAACAUAAACGCUGUGCUGGAGAAAUGGGAAAGUUUAAAACAACUGAGUAUCAUCAAGAUCGCCAGAAGGGACAAGAACGUCGACGAGAAGCUGGAGAAGAUGGAGAGACGAAUCGGCAUCCACUUAGCGCAGGAGGAAUGCGGACUGGCAGACCUUGACCUUGGAACCGACUCGAAAGGGACAAUCCAGAAAACUCUGCAUAAAAUCUGCGAAGAAGCAUUCCUUAGUGACAUACAGGUGAAGAAGCUUUGGCACUUAGCUUGUAGGGAACCGGGCCUCUCAAACAAGAAGACAAACAUCUACGUGACGGGCGAAGCAACAAACCUAUACAGCUUAGAAGAGGAAAUCGCCACUCAUGCCCGUUGGGACAGGCUCGACAAGAAGUUCACGCUCGUCUAUCUUUACGUGGAUUCAGACGAGGCCCCCCUACUGGUGAUGUAUAAUGGAGAAAAUCCGACAAUUCUAGACUCAACUCAGGAUGACUGGACAUUCAAAACUAAGACUUCCUGGACACGUAACGAUAGAAAAAUCAGCGAAAUCCUUCAAGACUCAGAAAGCAAACCUCUACUCAGAUAUAACGACUCCACUCAGGCUGUUAUCUUGUCACUCACAGGGGAACAGUUCAAGACUACGGCAGGAAGAAAACGACGAAACUCAGCAUCACGACCUUUGACAGAUCAAAACUAA